UAUAUUUGUUCAUUUCCCUGUCUGAUUUCUGGAAUUCGCUUUUACUUUGGUUCUCUUUUAAUGGCGCGGAGAUCCCUAACGCGGAAUGAAGUGGAAUUUCGAAAAGUCUGCUUUUACGUGGCACUUGCUGUGGCACUUUUUAUUGCUCUUCUGGCUUAUAUUUACUUGGAAGCGGCGAAUAAUGUCCUUAAGAAGCGUCGUUUUAGGAAGCUUUUUUAUAUUUCGUUGGGGGCCUGGUAUUUUUCGCAGCUGCAUUUGGUUUGGCUAUCUUCGCCUUCAUCAUCGUGGACGAGCUGGAUAUUGGGUGGCCAUCCAGCGUGGGCACUUGGCUGGUGCGACGCCGAAAACACUGCCUCAGGAGGCUCAGAAACGUUCCGACCUGGAGCAGGUUAUAUAAGAAAUAAGCGAAUAUGUGCCAACCACAUGGAAUACACCGCGCACAAAGAAAGGCGCGACGGGAAACGCGACUGCAAAGACAGGUCCGACGAGGGGAACGAUGAGUGCCGCUCGGCAACACACCUUCUGCCUUGUCACGGAAAUGAAUUUCGCUGUGGAAAUGGGCGUUGCAUACCAGGAGCGUGGGUGUGCGACGGGAUUAAGGAUUGCGACGAUGGUACGAACGAAACCCUGGCGGACUGCAGUGUCAGCAAGAAAAUCGACAAAACUGGAGGCGGAUAUAUGGCCGAGCUUGGAACGGUAGAAAUCUCCACAACUGCUAGCUCAGCGCAGUGUCCGAGUACUGAUUUCGCUUGCGCAAAUGGAGAGUGCAUCCCCAGGUCGUGGCGGUGUGAUCAGGGCGCUGAUUAUGCUGAUGGCAGCGAUGAACACAACUGUCCGGGCGCAUGGACGCUGCCUCCCAAUUCCGCAGCUCUCCAUGCCGUGUCGGCGUUGACCUGCGCUCACGAUCAGUUCCAUUGUGAUGCCCCAAACGGGACCGCAGUGUGUCUGCCGUUGAGUAAGGUUUGCGAUCAUCAUAAUGACUGUAAAAACGGAACGGACGAGGGCUUUGGUUGCAAACUGGCGGAGAAGGAGUGCGAGAAGAACAACGGACAAUGCAGUCAUAAGUGUAACCUUACUCCGGCGGGUCGGAAAUGUUCUUGUCCUCACGGGUAUGUUCUGUAUCCCGACGGAAGGGCCUGCGCUGAUAUCGAUGAAUGUGCAACAAGCGGCUCACAACUUGGAGGCACUUGCAGUCAGUUGUGCAUCAAUCUGAAAGGCACGUAUAAAUGUCACUGCGCUCCCGGUUUCCUCCUGGAAUUUGAUGGUCAUACGUGCAAAUCGGUCCAUCACGUUCCGUUGCUCAUGUAUUCCACUGACGGGGAGAUUCGGUACAUGGAAACGGAGGGUUUUCGGCAUAAUGAUCGCUUUACAGGAGGGAAACUGACCUCUAUGACUGUAGGACUAGACUGGAAGCAGAAUAAUGGCUUUGAAUCCAGCACGAUGUUCUACAGCGAUGCUGACCGGAAACACAUAAUCCGCUACGAAUCUACCCACGAACGGAGCGUUGUUCUCAAGAAUAUGGUCAUGCCGGAAAGCAUCGCAUCCGACUGGGUCAGCGAAAAUCUGUAUUACGUGGAUGCCGGCAAGCCGGAAAUUGGAGUGUGUUCUGUCAGCAGGAAAGCAGCGCAUUGUGCUCCCGUGAUCGAUGCUGAAAUUGAUAAUCCUCGCGGAUUGGCGGUUCAUCCAGGAAAACGUUUGUUGUCCUUCGCUCAGUGGGGUUCACAGCCGAAGAUUGAGCGUUCAUGGCUGGACGGCAGUGCAAGAGUUGUUGUCGUUUCCCAUAAAGUGCUAUGGCCGAACGCUCUGGUAAUCGAUUAUAUCUGGGAUCGCUUGUAUUUUAUUGAUGCUCAGUUGGACUGGACUGAAUCUGUAUCAUACAGCGGGGACGACCGGCGCACUGUUUUCCGCAUGGCAUCCUCGCAUCCGUUCGGCUUAACAAUGAUCGGUAAUCGUCUCUACUGGACGGAGUGGACGCACCGGGGCAUCUACAGCGUACUGACCAACGGGAGCAAUUUCCAGCUAGUAUACGACAUGUCGAUGCGUCCGCUGGGAAUAGUGGCUGUGCAUCCAUUGCGGCAGCCCCAUUUCGAUUCUCCUUGCGAACCCGCUGUUAGUCUCUGCGACCAAAUAUGCCUGGCUCGUGUCGCUCACUAUUACACUUGCGUCUGUCAGAGGGGCUAUCGGCUGGUGAACGAUACCAAAUGUGUGCUCUUGGAUGAUCAUAUUCAGCGGGAAGCUUUGGUUGCGCCUAAUCAGGGAAAGUACAGCUCGUCCACCGUGGCCGAAAUCAUUUGUGCGUGUAUUUUGUGCGGAAUAGUAAUCGCCGUGGCUGUAAUUAUCUCCCGAAAACACCUUCGCCGAGCGGAAUACGGUGAUGAGAAAAGCCUUCUUUUCGAUUACGACGUGGAAUCACUGCGACCAAAAGCACGCCGGCAACCCUCUUGUAUCACCGGUAGCCAGACCAAUCCGUGCUACGAGAACAUUCCUCAUCCGGGAUAUGUUGUAAAGUUUCACAAGGACCGCAACGUUACAUAUCCGCAUGCGUUGGAAUCACCUGCGGUCUCCCUUCUUGUCUACUUCCAGAGUACGGUUUCUGUAUUGUGAAUGGUUUUUGUGAUAUUCUGGAUUGUUCCCGGCAUAUUCGAUCCGUGACAUUUGCUUCUGCUGGAAGAUUUUUAUACUUUUUCUAUUGGUAUUCUGUUGGUAUCUUUUUUCUGGUGUAGUAAGAUUUUUCUUCUUUGGAUGAAUGUUGUUUAUCAUAUUUACUAGUUUUUUACACAAUACAUAUGAAAGUCUGUGCACCUUGUAGCUUUUGUAAUUUUUUCUCUUGGGUAUUGGCACUGGUGCUAAUAUUUAGAACCAAGUUA